UGCCCGCCCCGGCGGGCGGUGAGGCCUGAGGGCGGGGUGAGGUGCGUGGGACUCGGCCCUGAGGGAGCGGCGGCGGCGACGCCCGCAAGAUGCCGGGACUCGUGCUGUUCGGCCGGCGCUGGGCCAUCGGCAGCGACGACUUCGUGCUCCCGGGGGCCUUCGAGCUGUUCGUCAGGCUGGUGUGGUGGAUUGGGAUCCUUGUCCUUUACGCGGUUCACAAGGGGCAGUUUAACUGUCCCGGGGGAGGAUUGCUGCACAGCUACCUGCUCGGCCUCAUCAUUCUUCUGGCUUCCAUAAUAUGUGCAUUAUUUGCUCUUGUAUACGUCAGUAUGCAAGGAACAAUUUCUAAUCCAGGCCCAAGAAAAUCACUUCCCAAAAUACUUUAUACUCGCCUGCUUCUCUAUUUCCCUGAAUUCAUCUGGGCUGUUGUAGGAGCUGUGUGGGUGUCAGACAACAGCGUGCAGUGUGAGAAGACUGUGAUAAAUGGCGUCAUUGGGACAGUUAUUGCAAGCUGGAUUAUCAUCAUCUUCACCAUCAUUGGAGUUGUCAUUGUCUUUGACCCCCUCGGGGGGAAGAAGACGUUCUACCUGCCCGACGGUGUGAGCCGCAACCUGGAGAGCAGCCAGUCGGGGCAGCUGCUGUACAACGUGAAGAGCUCUGCCACCAGGGUGUGGGAGAAGAGGAUCAGGCUGCUGUGCUGCUGCAUCGUGCAGGACGACGACCACCGGGUGGCUUUCACCAGCAUCGCCGAGCUCUUCCGCAGCUACUUCAGUGACACUGAUCUGGUGCCAAGUGACAUAGCAGCUGGUUUGAUUCUGCUUCAUCAAGAACAAGAUAAAAUGGAAAAUUGCCCCAAAGAUCCUGAAGAAGUCCUUUGUCAUUCUCCAUCAUCUCUUGUGACCGAUGAUCUGGAUGUUGAGCUGGAGAAUGCUGCUCACUACAUGCUGUUUGCUGCAGCUGCCUAUGGCUGGCCCUACUACGUGUACACCAACCCAUAUACUGCACUCUGUAAGCUCAAUGGUGACUGUUGCAGAAAUAGACCAACAGAUUCUGAUAUAACGGGCAGUGAUCGUCAUAACUUUCACUUUGGAUCCAUCCUAAAAAUAACAGGACUGCAGUACAGAGACUUCAUUCAUAUCAGUUUUCAUAACAAGAUCUAUGAGAUUCCAUUUUUUGUUGCUUUGGAUCACAAAAAAGAAGCUAUUGUGGUCGCCGUGAGAGGAACCUUGUCUUUUGAGGACAUUCUCACUGACCUGUCAGCGGACUGCGAAGACCUGACACUGGAGGAGGUUCUGGAGAAUGGCUUUGUGCAUAAGGGAAUAACUCAAGCUGCAAAUUACAUCUAUCGAAAACUAAUAAAUGAUGGAAUUUUAAACCAGGCUUUCACAAUUGCUCCAGAAUAUAAACUUGUGAUAGUUGGUCACAGUUUGGGUGGUGGGACAGCGUCUAUCUUGGCCAUCAUGCUCAGGAACUCCUUCCCCACACUGAGGUGUUACGCCUUCUCUCCUCCAGGAGGGCUCUUAAGCAAAUCACUUGCAGAUUACACUAAGCACUUCAUUGUUUCAGUCAUUGUUGGAAAAGACCUUGUUGCAAGGUUAAGUAUGCCCAACAUGGAGGAUUUAAAGAGAAGAAUAGUGAGAAUUGUGGCAAACUGCAACAGGCCCAAGUACCAGAUCUUGCUGCGGGGGUGUUGGUACGAGGUAUUUGGAGGAGAUCCUGAUGACUUCCCAACAGAGCUGGAUGGAAGGAACCAGGAUGCCCUGACCCAGCCCCUCCUGGCCGAGGAGAGUUUAAUGGUUCAUCGGUCGCCUUCGUACAACGCCCUUGAGGAGGAGCCACACUUGAAUUCACCCCCUCAGUAUCCUCAUCUCUAUCUGCCUGGAAGGAUUAUCCACGUUGUUGAAGAAUGCAGCUCUAGGAGGUUGUGUUCUUCAGAUAUUAAAUACACGGCGAGAUGGUCAAACGAAACUGUCUUCAGCAGCAUUUUAAUAAGUCCCAAGAUGAUCACAGACCACAUGCCAGAUGUUGUGCUCAAAGCUCUGAACAGUUUGUCUCAGGAACAUGCAUCAUGUCUGUCUUGUCAAACACGGGACUACAACCCCAGUGCAGUAUAACCACAGCUCGAGGACGACCUGGGCGGCUUUUUUGCAGGUUUCAGGUAUUCAGGACACAUUCCACUUUCACGCUUAAGUGGAUUUCAGUACUUUUCUCACAUUGCAUAAAAUGAACAAGGGUCUUAGUGCCCUUGCCUCUGCAGUGACCUCGGGGAAUGUUGUGCUGGUGAAAGCACAGAUUGUGUCUCUGUGCUGAAGGCUGGGCUUUUCCAGAACGGAUCAGGAUGAGAAGCUCCAGCCGAGCCUGUGUGCCCUGGCGCAGCAGCUGAACGCUUGACCAAAGUGAAUGUGUGUGAGAAGGAUGUGGCCACGUGUCAGAGCAGAGCCUUGCCAGACCUCAUCCACCACCUGCAACUCCACGUCCCUUCCUGGCUGCUUGGGCGUGGCAGAGCCGAGGGGCUGCAGCUCAGGGCUGCAGGGUGAGUGAGCCCGGCCCAGGCGGGGCUGGGGCAGGCUCAGUGAUUGCACUAUUUUUUCUUACAGAUUGUGCUGGGAUCCCAGGGUUGCAGGGGAGGGCUUGUUGUGGUUAACUGCUGCUUGGAUAUACAUGUGCAAUAUUCUUUAAUUUGUCUUUUGUAUGUGUUGAUCUACAGAUCUACAUCCCUGCUUUUAUUGAUUUUAAACUAAAACUACUUAAUGAGAAGGAAAAAAAAUAUCAUUCAGGCCCUGGCAUCAUGUUGGUCACUUGCUCUAGUUCCAGCUACUGAGCACCACUCUGAUUCUGCCAAGAAUGUGUAACCAGUUGUAAUGAUUUUUAAAAAGUGGAUUCCUUGUUUCUAGUGUGUAACUAUUUAAUUUUUUUUCCUUUUUAAGGCUCAGCAGCAUUUAUUUAAAAGAAAUUGAUGUAAGUAAAAUAUGAUGUGGUUGAGAAUUAACUGUGUGGAUGUUCCUGCUGUGAUACUCGAUAUGGAGACAAAAUUAAAUGCAGACUAAAACCUUGGCUCCUGUGCAAUGACAGGUACCAGUGCUGGCUGUCAGAGCAACGAGGUCAGGCAGCACCAGUAGCGACUGUGCUGCUUCCAGGGCUUCUGGGGUCCCAGGGCACCAGCCUUGGGUGCAGCCACUCUGGAGGAGGGGAGGCAACACACAGAGCAGGGCUUUAAAUAAAAGCCUGGAAUCUGGGGCAUUUAAGCACAAACUGUGACCAGUUCAGAGGAAAAGCAUUUCUGUUUGCAUAGAGGGGAGUGGAACAGAGAAGCUGCCCCCCGCUGCCAGCAGCUUUAAGCCACUGCACAAGCAGCAGCAGGAGCUCUAACAACUGCACUGCGAGGGCAAGGCCUCUGCAGAGCUGUUGCCAAGUGCUCUGUUUAGUUUGGGUUCUCAGGGGACCACUGCCAGCCUGGGCUUUGCACACUGGCCCUGAGGAGACACGUGCACACAGGGCUGCUGGCAC